UAACGUAUCAGCGCGACAUUGUAGCCGCUGGUCUCUACCACCACAACACCUUCUCCCACAGCAGAUCGACGACAUCUCUCCCGCGCCUCCAACGAAUAAAAAAGCACACCCGAAAUGGCCGACGAGAACGACGCCGCCCUCGUGGCGCAAUCCACCGAGGUGGCCGCGCCGGCACCGAAAAAAGUCAAGAAGAUCAUCCGCAAGAAACGCCCGGCGAGACCACAAGUCGACCCGUCCUUCAUCUCGUCCGAGCCCCCGCCGCAGACCGGCACAAUCUUCAACAUCUGGUACAACAAGUGGUCCGGCGGCGACCGCGAGGACAAGUACCUGUCAAAGACAGCGGCCAAGGGGCGGUGCAACAUCGCCAAGGACAGCGGCUUCACCCGGGCCGACAAGAUCCCCGGGUCCUACUUCUGCCUGUUCUUCGCGCGCGGCAUCUGCCCCAAGGGCCAGGACUGCGACUACCUCCACCGCCUGCCGGGCAUCCACGACCACUUCAACCCCAAUGUCGACUGCUUUGGGCGCGACAAGCACAGCGACUACCGCGACGACAUGGGCGGCGUGGGCAGCUUCCUGCGGCAGAACCGCACCGUGUACGUCGGCCGGAUCCACGUCUCGGACGACAUUGAGGAGGUGGUCGCCCGGCACUUUGCCGAGUGGGGCCAGGUCGAGCGCAUCCGCGUGCUCAACGCGCGCGGCGUCGCCUUCAUCACGUACACGAACGAGGCCAACGCCCAGUUCGCCAAGGAGGCCAUGGCCCACCAGGCCCUUGACCACAGCGAGAUCCUCAACGUCCGCUGGGCCACGGCCGACCCGAACCCCAUGGCGCGCGCGCGCGAGGCCAGGGCCAUCGAGGAGCAGGCCGCCGAGGCGAUCCGGAGGGCGCUGCCCGAGGCGUUCGUGGCAGAGAUUGAGGGGCGGGACCCCGAGGCCAGGAAGCGGCGCAAGAUCGAGAGCUCGUUUGGCCUCGACGGCUACGAGGCCCCCGACGAGGUGUACUUUGCCCGUGGCGCGAAUGCCGUGAACCCUGUGGGCAGGCAGGGGUAUGAGCUCGAGCAGGAGCAGCGGCGGAUGAUUGAGAGUGGCGAGGUGGACGGUCAGCAGGGAGAGGAGGAGCAAUACCAGGCCCAAAGGCAGAUUGAGGCGGCGCCGGCGCCACAAGAACAACAGGCGGGUGGCAUAUUCUCCUCAAGCACAUUACAAGCUCUGCAAGCAGCACAAGUGUCAACAGCGGCACCCAAGGCGAAAGCAGCGCCCUCAGGCCCGCUGGUUGCCUAUGGCAGCGACAGCGAAGACGAUGACGAGUAAUAGAGAGGACAAAAAUUUGGGUGCAAAGGGAUCAUGAGCAUGGCGAUGUCACAUCAUUCAGCGUUUCAUACAUAGAGCAAAAUAAUACCCGACGAGCCGUGGGAUAAAAGAAACCCGGCUCAACCGAAGCUCAUUUGAAUUUGUUUUCACUCCCAUGUCACCAGUGAUUGGUUGGUAGUCGUGUGAUAGAUCUGCAAUGCCCCCCCGCCCCCCCCC